AUGGAUGACAAACCCACGACGAGCCACUUUGCAAGUCUUGCGGUGACCCCGAUCGCAGCCCUCUUCCCUGGUAUUGAUUCUCCUGAAGAGUGGUAUCUCCAUGCGGUGGUAACUCUUCUCUGGCCCUUUUCAUCGGCUACGAAGCAGUUUAGCCUACAUUUAUCGGAACCGGAUUCCCGCCUACGAGGCGGUAAGGGCCAAAUAAAGGCAGUAUUCCGUGAGGGUGCAGCCGAAGCUGUUGCGAAGUCCAGUAUUGGGAUUGGAGAUACGGUUUUUCUAAGCUUACAGGGGGCUAAAUGGAAAAGCAGUAACCAUGCCGAGUCAAAUCAGUUGGACUAUACGCAAUGGGAUUUGUUAUUUGAUGACCAGGUCCUUCUCGAGGCGCAGCGUAAUUCUAUACCCUUGAGUAUAGUGAACCUGAAGGCUGCUUCAUAUGGGCAAGCAAAUAAAGGGUCUGCAGACCUACCGGCCACACCAAAGAGAUUGUCUACUGGAAUCUCGAGCCCGAUAUCUAUAUCAAAUCGGAGCUGGGUGUCGCCGGCGUUCUUGCGAAUCUCAAACGCACCAUUUAGCUCUCCACUGCUCGAUAGCCACAUUGAAGAAGAUGGAUACGUGCCGGGAAAAGGAAGAAAGAGAACAAAAUUCAGUCGACCCAGCAGUGAUUGGGUGUUCGUGGACUCCGCACCCAGUCCUACGAAAGAUGGGGAUAUAUGGGAAGACGAGAACCUGGAGACUGAUAAUGAGGAGAUGGUCGAACAAGUCAUUAUUGAUCAACAUUCCCCAUUCGGCCCGCCAUCCGAAAGUCUACCACCUACUGAGGAAAAUACAAAUACCCACGAACCUGUAAACCAAGACUUUGUGCGAAUACAUGGAUCUAAUAGCAGCUCAACCGUCCCACCGAUUUCAAAAACUCCAGAGAUAGCUCAAGAUAUACCGAAGGACAUUGGUCCUCAACCGGUUGCGAUUCAUCAGGAAAUUAUCAGAGAGCAACAACGCUUGUCCCCAAAGCUACUGGGUAUAGAGACUCCUCGGCUUCACCCAGUUGCUUCCCCAAGUAUUCCAGCUAUCUCUCCACUUGGCACAUCAAUUGGGGCUUCAACUGAUAAGUCCAUGACACCUGCUGAUUCAACGGACAUGGCGCUUCCACUCGUUAUUAGCCCGUCCAUACAUGCGACUACCGAGCUAGAUGUGCAUAGUGAGAGGGACCAGGGAGCUAUUUUAAAGUCUAGAGCAUCCGAACCUUUACUCAACCAAGAAUGCAAGGCAUCUUUUGACCACCCCACGGAUAUAUUAGUCGAACCUGAAUCGUAUUCUGGGGACUUAGAGGAAUCUACACCUACGGAAACCAACGGUCUCCCAGAGAGCACUGCAAAGGAGACAACACCACUGCACAAAGAUCUGGAACGUGUUGAGACAGAAAAUUUUGAAGUACUAUCCACCUAUAGCGAUGCUUCAUCUAAUGUAGGCCUAGGGAAUGAUGAUGGGGCCACAGCGACAUCGGUUAAAUCAUUGGGGGCCACAUCCGAGGAACACGAAAGCGAUCAAAGAUCCAGUGUCCAUUCUCCUCCCAGUGCCAGCGAUGUAGAAGAAUUUCUAUCACCAAAACCUAACUACCGGCACUCUGUCUCUUCAGACGGUGAUAGCUCGGAUGAUGAAGCAAGUAAACGCUCUUCUCCGAUGGAUGCAGACACAGAGACAGCUGAGCGAGAAGUUUUUGUGAUAUCCGAUAAUGAGUCAGACGCCUACGGGUCAGAAGCCGAGAGCGUAACUCAGAAUUUACCUUCUUCUGCUGUGGGUAGCAACGGAACUUCCAUGCAUAGUCGGUCACCCUCUCUUGAGAAAUCAACAAUUAACGAGUUCGUUAAAGAUACUACCGGCAGCAGUAUAGUAGAAAGCCGGGCUUCUAGUGCCUCACCUAGCAUCAAUUUUGAGGAUGAACCUCCCCUUUCGGAUGCGGGCGCACUGGAUAAUGCGGCGCAAUCACCAACAGAAAAUCAAACUGCUCCUGUGACCAUUAAUAGCCUUGUACCGUUUGGUAAUGAUAUUCGCCAGCCUACGGAAUCUGGUUUCUCUCAACCUGGCCUUCAUCAAUACCUAUGUGAUGCAAUAUGCAAUCCCAAUGAUUCUCAUAUUCAUACAGACUUUGCUGUUAAUGAGACUAAUCCUAUGGAUUCUCGUGGAGAAGAGCUCAUUUCAAGUUUUCUAGCACCACAGCCAACUGAUUUCAUAACUCCAGAAAAUACACAGGACUCUUGGGCGCCGUCUGGCCCUCGUCCUCAAAACCCAUCACUUCCAAUUCAUCUGGAGGCCAUUAUACCCACACCUCAACAUUCACAAACUACGGAACUUCCCUUUACUGCCUCUUUUGCCGAAAGCCAUCCAUACACUAUAGUCUCUUCCCCCUCUAGCUCCAUUCCAAGCCAUCCUAACAUAUCAACUUCUGCCCCUACGGAAGUAGAUAAUGCAAAGAUGAUACGUGUUGGAGUCCAAAAAGGCGAAGCAACGGAUGAUUCUGCCAAAGAAGCGCCUGAGACAGUCCAUCAUAGCUCUCCGAGCGAAAACGCCUCUAUUGAACCUGAAAUUGUAUUAAACGUUGACACAGAAAUUUUCGGGUUGCGCACAAAAUUUUCGUAUUAUUGCCCACUCUCACGCCUUAUCGAGAACUUCAAUCAGUCAGUUGACUGUAUCGCUAUUGUUGUUGAAAUCACCCCUAUCAACCGUACAGCUAAAGGUACCAAAGAAUACUAUGUUACUCUCAGAUUGACUGACGAAUCAUCUGGAGGGUCAACUACGACGGCGCAGAUAUUUCAUAAGAAAAAAGAUGCCCUUCCAAUGCCUGCCGAAGGAGAUGUGAUUCUGCUACGAAAUUUCCGAGUUCAGAGUUUAAACCAUAGGAUGGUAUUAAACAAUAUGGAGAACAGUGCAUGGGCAUUCUUUCCCCAGGAAAGUGUGGGUGACGUGCGAAUCGAUGAUGCCCCUGUUGAGUUUGGUUCUGAGGAACAGAACUUUGUCACGCAUCUUAGGGAGUGGUAUGGACAAGAGGGAGCCGACUUAGUUGCAAGGAAUAUUUCUCGAGAUAGUCAACAGGAAAGCAUUGAUGUCAGCAGCAGAUCGACAAGCGAGGCUGGCAGCCAACUACGGAAUAUCAUUAAAAAGCGUCGGCGAGAGUCACGAAUUACAUACCACGAGCUAAGGGAUGGAAAACGCUAUGCGGAUGUUGGAUCUCCUUCCGACACUGAGACCAUCCAUGAGUUACGGAAUGGAACCUUAUAUGCUCAUCCGGGCUAG